AUGGCCAAGUACACUGAGAAGGAUUUCUGCGCGGUGCUGGAAAUCCCAUUCCGGCUGCCUGAUUGGGUCAAUGAUCUCAUGGCAGCGGAACGAUGGGAAUCCUACUCGCACGCAACGGACGUCCGCAAGGUCUAUGCGAUUCUGAACGCAGGCUGCGCAAUGCGCAGGCGGACGGGCCCACGCGCCCCCAGCAGGGGCCAGGGCACAUAUCAAGAUGACGUGACAAGCAUAACCAACCAGUACCGCAUCCAGCAAGCAGCCUACGAACUGGUGACGUUCUUCACUACGGUUAACGUCUCCUCCACGCAUCACAAAGCGAAUACUUACGCUUCAUGUGAAGAGCAGUUACGCACAAUGUUGAGUGACCCGCCGUGGCUUUGCGCUUACGAUCCAGACCUAGAUGAAGCAAGAGAGACAUGGCUGGCUAAGCAAGCCUACAGGGCUACCAUCGAAGUGUCGAAGACCUACAAGUGGACACUGGUUGAUAUGGAUCAUGCGAGCGAGGGCGCCAAGCGCAUCCAUCUCGCUGAAGUGGACAACUUCCGCGAGACGCUGCCCCGGGAGUUCAGCAUCGUUAAGUCGCACCAUGCGCUGGCCGAGCUAGUCCACAAAGACAUCUCCAAGAACCGGCAAGACUUGCCGCACAUUACUGAUGACGCGCCCAACAUCGAGGCGUGCAUGCAGUAUGUGCUACAAUCUCAGCCAGCCGCUCAACUCCGAGGUCACCAGCUCACGGUCGAUGCUCCCAG